AUGAGUGACAAGAUUUUUAUCGACUUGGAAAAAACUCUGGUCAAGCUUGCUUUCCAGGUAGAAAAAACUCGCUAUGCUAAGGAACAUGUGAAUCAUCAGAUAAAUUGGUACACUGCAAAAAUUUCAGAAAAAAAGAAUCACAUUGCUAGGCUGGARGAAAAUAUAAAUAACAGCAAAGAGGCAAUUGCUGAUUUGCAAAAGCAGAAUGAAAGCAGCAAGAAGAACUGUAAUGCCUUGAAGCCCACCUAUGCAAUUCUUAAAAAGCAUGAAGAAUAUUUGAAAAAUGAAAUUGAAGCUUUAGAGGAAGCUACAGACAAUGAGAGGAAAAUGUAUCAGGAAUCCAUAAUCCAGUAUACAGAGAUUUUGCAGGAGCACCGCAAAAAAUAUACAGAAACUGCUCUUGCCCAGGAGUAUUACAAGAAAAAGGAGGAAGUUGAAGAAAUCCAAAACAGACUUUUGAAACGCUGUGAAAAAUACAAAUGGAAAGAAGAUGCAUGCUUGGAUAUUCUGGAGGCCAUUCCUUUUAAAUCCGUAAAUGACUGGGCUGUACAAGUUGCCUCUAUGAAGCAAAAAACACAGGAAACAUUAAAACUUGUUGAAGCUGCUACCCAGGAAUCCAUCAAACUGCAAAAAGAAGCAGAAGAAUUGGAAAUGAAAAUUGACUACUUAAAAAAGACAUUUGAAGAGACUAARGAAGAUCAAAAUAAUUCUGAGAAGAUUGAAGGAAAAAAACAGAAAAUUCUUGAGCAGCCAGAAGAGUUUAAAGAAAGGAUGUUUGAAGAACGUGAACGUCCAUCUUUGCCAAAUGAGAAGCAUCAGCUGUAUAAAGCAUUACGUGUCCCAUGCAUUCCUCGGAAAUUUGUCCCCUCUGUACCGAGUUUUAGAUUCUCAAAGCAACGACCAGAAACAGGGAGAGAAGAAAAAGAGAAACCCGUGGAACUUCCUGUGGCCACCAGCAGUUCCUUCAGCCUUGCAGAAAAUUCAUCAGAGAUGGUUAUUGACCCUGUAGGGACUAAUAAGCCACAAAUUGCCCAAGUUCCAUCAACAGUAAGCAUACAAAACCGAGUGAAAAUCAGACUGCCAGACCUUCCAAAGCAGUUGACUUCUAAUCAACAGUUUGAGAGUGACAAUUCAGUAAGGGCGAGCCAGGAGGCCAAACGUGCUGAUAAAGAAGCAGAUGAGCCCAAGAAAUCUUCCUAUGUACCUCAAGAUGUGCACACAGGUUUUAAGCCAAAUGAAGAGAAUCCUGACAUAGCAGUAGAAAGUGCAGAACCUUUCAUAAGAGUACCUAAAACACCUGACUUGAAGGGGAAAAAACCACAGAUCUCUAAAACACCUCCAUUUGACUUCAUUCAAAAUUUAGAUUGUGAAGAAGGACCAUCAAAAUCUCCUGCUUUCUUUUCUCUCAUGAACUUCUCCCAGAAGUCACCUGGGUUUAAUUUAUUUGAUUCUUCUCUGUUUGGAGCACAAAAUUCAUCUGAUGAGACAGAGGAAAGUUUCUCUGUGGGAAACCUGAACUCUCUGUCUUCACACAAAGAUAUUGGAAGCUUCUUUGGGAAACCAGAAAGUGAGGAUGCAUUUGCCUUUCCCUUCCCCUCGGAUCCAACUUCUCAUGCAUUUGGAGAUGGAAAAGAUGACUUUAGUUUUCCAUUUGCAUUUGGACAGGAUCAGGGAUCAUCACAGCCUCUGUCUAUGAAAGGCUUUCAUUCUUCCUUACAAAAUACAAAGCCAUUUUCACGCUUUUGAAUACCUUUGACUUCCUUUUAAAUUAUUUUCCUACUUAGCCUUGACAAAUGUUUUCAGUUUCUUAAGUUAAAAUACAAAGCAUUUCAUCUUCU